CACAUUCAUUGUCGACAUGGCGCAGCCGAGGUGGGGAAACCAACUACUGAGAGAGCAAAUCUCGUAAAGGCAUUAAAGACACGGAAAAGAUCACAAGCAUUUCUUCUUUCAUACUUUAAACGCCGAACAAAGUUUGCAUAAACGGAAUUAAACAAAAUGAUGUCUGAUGCCAGUGACAUGUUGGCAGCAGCCUUGGAGCAAAUGGAUGGUAUCAUAGCAGGUUCCAAGGCUCUGGACUACUCCAAUGGCAUCUUUGACUGUCAGUCCCCAACAUCACCCUUCUUGGGCAGUUUGCGUGCCUUGAACUUACUGGAGGACCUUAGGGGCAUACUGGAGCUAAUGGACUCAGAGGAGAGAGAAAGCUUGCGCUGCCAGAUCCGUGACUCUACCGCAGAAACUCUGGUGGAGUGGCUGCAGGGGCAACUGUUAAAUGGACACAUUUCAAUCACUGGUGAUGUUUACCAGGAAAGACUUAAUCGUCUGGAAAGUGACAAAGAAUCCCUUGUUCUUCAGGUUAGUGUUUUGACUGAUCAAGUGGAAGCACAGGGGGAAAAGAUAAGGGACCUAGACCUGUGCCUUGAUGAACACCGUGAGAAACUUAAUUCCACUGAAGAAAUGUUACAGCAGGAACUCUUGUGUAGAUCCACACUGGAGACCCAAAAGCUAGAGCUGAUGGCAGAGGUUUCCAACCUGAAACUGAAGUUAACCAUCUUGGAGAAGGAGAGACUUGAUUUUGACAAAAGGUUCGGAGAUAGUGAGGAUUUUAUUUUGGAGAUUAAUGAACUGAGAUAUCGUUUGUCUGAGAUGGAGAGUGAACGGUUACAGUAUGAAAACAAAUUGAAGUCCAGUAAGUCGCUAAUGGCCAAACUCUCUAGCCUGAAACUCAAAAUGGGCCAGAUGCAGUAUGAGAAACAGAGGAAGGAACAAAAAAUCCAGGCACUCAAGGAGGACCUGCUUACGUUGAGAAAGCAGCUGGAUGGCAGAGAUGGCGAGCUGAGAAGGUUGCAGGAUGAAACUGGUGAAACUGUAGGCCCAGACUGCACAGAGAGAGUUUUCCAUAAUGAGGAAACAUUUAAAAAGAGGCUCAAAGAGAAACAUAUGGAAUUACAGAAGAUGAAGAAAGCAAUGGAGUCGUUGAUGGCAGCAAAUGAGGAGAAGGAUAGCAAGAUUGAAGAACUACGACAGUCACUGAUGUGUUACAAGAAGGUGCAAGAGAUGGUAAUGUCUGUACAAGGGAGAAAAGAUAAGGUCAAAGAAGGAGACAGUGAUGAAAGCAAUAGCGACAGCUCCCUCUCCAUGUCCACCGCAUUUUCCAUUUCCAUGGACACAGAGAGGUCUUUGCUCGCUUACACAGAUGAAGUGGCCUUGAGGGAUCAAGAUGAGGCGACUACAUUUGUUAGUACACUGCAAGUGCCAUCACUCAUAGUAUCGUCCCCGGCCAAAGCAGACAGUGGUCUAGUCCUGGAACAAAUACAGUCAUCAAGUAAUAAAGAGAAUCAGGAGCCAACUCAAUCACAGGAGACCACAUUACAUGAUAGUCCAGAAACUCCAGAGGUCACAAGAUCAGGGAACCACAGUAAUCUCGAUGGAAGAGCCACUGAAAAGAGCAAAGCAUUUGAUGAGUUCAACAAGAUAACAACUCUACCACCCACAUCCCCAACCUCCUCUCGUACUGCUGAGGAUGACAGCUUUGGCACCAGGAAAGCCAGAUCUUCCUUUGGACGGGGAUUCUUUAAGAUUAAAAGUGGCAAGAGGACUGCCAGUGCGCCAAAUCUGGCUGAGGCUGAGCGGGAAGGCACUGACCAUCUGGAUCUAGCAGGCGUGCCGCAGAGGUCAACUACCAGCGACAGCACACACACUCUCCCCACUUCCCCCGAGGGCAAGAAAAAGUCAAAGGGAAUCAAAGCACUCUUUGGAAAGCUCAAAAGGAGUCAAUCAACGACAUUUAACCUGGAUGAUAAUCUAUCUGAGAAUGAGUUUAAACGGGGAGGAGUCAGAGCCACAGCUGGUCCAAGACUGGGCUGGUCUCGUGACCUGCAGAACACCAACAGUGAGUUGGAUGCGCCAUUUGCGCGCUGGUCCCGGGAGCAGGUGUGUGAUUGGAUGCAAGAGCAGGGGCUUGGGUUAUACGUGAGUCUGGCAAAACAGUGGAUCUCCUCCGGCCAGACGCUCCUGCAGGCCUCCCAGCAAGAUCUGGAAAGAGAGAUGAGGAUAAAACACCCUCUCCACAGGAAGAAACUCCAGCUUGCCCUGCAAGCACUGGGUUCAGAGGAGGAUGAUGACAAAGGCAAACUAGACUACCACUGGGUGACAAGGUGGCUUGAUGAUAUUGGUCUCCCGCAAUACAAGACUCAGUUUGAUGAGGGACGCGUAGAUGGACGAAUGCUUCAUUAUAUGACAGUGGAUGACCUGUUAUCUUUGAAAGUGGGCAGUGUUCUGCAUCACCUCAGUAUUAAGAGAGCCAUCCAGGUGUUACGGCUCAACAACUAUGACCCCAACUGUCUGCGCCGAAGACCUUCGGAUGAGAACAAUGCAAGUCCAGCUGAGAUCUCUCAAUGGACUAACCACCGUGUGAUGGAGUGGCUGCGGUCCGUGGACCUGGCUGAGUACGCACCCAACCUGAGGGGCAGUGGUGUUCAAGGGGGGCUGAUGGUGCUGGAACCUUGCUUUAAUGUGGAGACAAUGGCUCUGCUGCUAAACAUCCCCCCCAAUAAGACUCUGUUGCGACGGCAUCUGGCCACUCACUUUAACCUGCUGGUGGGUUCUGAGGCCCAGCAGCUUAAGCAAGAGUGUCUAGAGAACCCAGACUACACUUUACUCACUGCCACUGCUAAAGUCAAGCCCCAUAAGCUGGCAUUUGGUGGAUUUGGAAGGAAAAAGAAGCAAGAGGACAACGAAGAGUAUGUCUGUCCCAUGGACGUGGAGAUGCCCAAAGGACGAAGCUUCCAGAAGGGCUACAGAGGCAUGGAGCUCCAGAUCUACGAUGAUGAACUUGAUCGACUUGAUCAGAUGGAGGACUCUGAAGGGACAGUGAGGCAAAUUGGAGCUUUCUCUGAGGGCAUCAACAACUUAACGAGUAUGCUGAAGGAGGAUGAGUUCUUUAAGGUGAUGUCCACAUCAUUCCCCAAUGCCAGUGUGAAGAAUAAUGACUCCAAUGUGUGAGGGCACUGCAGGGCCAGUCUCACCCCUAGCGCUGCUGCUUUAAUCGGAAGUGACUGUGCCAAUUCCUUUGCCAACACCUCCACACACACAUGCCUCUUUCUCAAAAUGCCAAAUAUAUCAAUCAGAACCACUCAUGUCAACUCAUCAGAACUCACACUUUUAAAGUAUUUGUCACAUUAUAUUGUCUUUUAUUUAGUACUUUAAGAAAAAAAAAAAAUAAUACAUAUGAAAAUGGUCUCUUGUCUCCUGAAGGUAGAUGGAAUAAAGUCUGCCCUAUUAUUUUUUAACAGAAUGUUAGUGGAUAAAGUUGUUUUGUGAACUGAACUGAUAUGAUGUGACUUCUAACAAAAAUGAAUGGCAGUCCUACUUGUAGUUUGCGGGUCAUUGGAGACAUGUGCAUUUCUUAUUAUCAGCCAGCCUAAAUUAUGUUUGUCCUAGUUGUUAUGAUGGCAAAAGAGCACAAUGACACUUUCAGUCAAAAUCAAAGAUAUAUUUUAUUAAGUAAUAGUUGUACACUGCCAAUAAUGAAAAUAUUUUAAAGCAUUAAAUUUGAUAUUCUCAAAUGAUCCAGGUGCAGUCCUGAGCAUAUAAUGACACUAACGGUCUAGUUGUUUGUUUGUUUGUUUUUUUGCUUGUUUUUAGUCAUGGUUUAACAAGACAUUACACUCCUUGAUAUGGCAUAUGCUUAAUGCAUUUGCAUGCAAAACUCUGUACAUUGUAUUUUACACACAGUGUGUAAAUUUGCAUUUGCAUGUUAUUUAAGUCUAAUUUGGAAUAAUAUUAGCAAAAUAUUUUGCAUUAUUUUGAUGAAAGUAAAGUGUGAAUUAUUUUUACAUUGCUGCAGUACUUAAAGGAUAUCAGUAAUGUUCUUUAUGGAAAUGCCAUCAUGCAGGCAUGAAUAUUUAAUGCAAUACUGGCAUGUGCACAAAAUUGGUAAGUGACUGAAAAUUUAUUUAAAAAUAUAUUGUGCCACUCAUAACCAUUUCAGCAUUACAUGCUUGUACUUUGUUGACUUUUACACAUUUAAAAGGGGAAUAAAGUUCUGAAAUAUAAAAC